UACAUUACUUCAGCUUUAACAACUCAUUCAGUCUGAAUUACAGAUCAGAUAAUUAGAGUUAAGAAAUUUAGAAUUGGUUUCCAAGGUGUGAAGUUUUAUAAAUGUGUAGUGAGGAAACUUAAUAACUUCAUCAAAUUAUGGUUUUACUCAUUUCGUGAACUUACUUCUACAAUUAUGAUAAAUUUAGUUAAAUAUUUAGAUAAUAAAAAAUCAACAUAAUGGUCUUAUCAAAAAAUUGGACUUCAAUUGUUCCUAAAAUUCUAUUUUCAAAACCAGGUGUUUCCAGUUUUCAGGGUCAUUACAUAAAUAGAAACGGAGAAGUUAUUUAUAAUCAAUGUCAAGUAUACCUACAAAGGAGAAAAUUUAUCAACAUUCCAAAGCCUGUCCGCACAAGGGAAUAUUGUGGAAGACAAUUGGUAGGAUAUACAAUGGAACAAAUGUUUGAAGUAGUGUCCGAUGUAGAAAAUUAUUACAAAUUUGUGCCAUGGUGUAAAAAAUCAAUUGUACUGAAGAAAACACCAGAUUUCCUUAAAGCUGAUCUUAUUGUUGGAUUCCCACCCAUAAAUGAGAGUUAUACUUCAAAUGUAACACUUAUUAAGCCUCAUGUUGUUAAAGCAGAGUGCUUAGAUGGAAAACUAUUUCAUCAUAUGCUUACUCUCUGGAGAUUCAGUCCAGGCCUGAAGAGAGAGCAACAGUCAUGUGUAGUUGAUUUCCAAAUAACAUUUGAAUUUAAAUCAGCUUUUCAUUCUCAGUUGUCAAAUUUAUUCUUUGAUCAAGUUGCCCGACAAAUGGAAGGAGCUUUUAUAAAAGAAGCUAGAAGAAGGAAUGGACCACCUACUAUGGAACCCAGGAAUAUGCUCAUAAAUAAUAAUCAUGAUCUGAAAAGUUGACAGUAAGUGUUUUAUAGAUGAUAGUCCAGUGAACCCAGAAA